UUAGCAUUUAGCUCAUUCAUAUCGACUCAGGAGCUCUCUGUAAGGUGUCUACAGUAUUGUGUGAGUAUUUCCGCUCUAAUUCACAUCAACAUGAGUGAUCCGUGGCAGGAGUGCAUGGACCACUGUGUGGAGGUCACCAAACGGGCUGGAGAGAUGAUCCGCGAGGCGCUCAAAAAGGACAUCGCCGUCAUGGAGAAGAGCUCACCGGUUGACCUGGUGACCGAGACGGACCAGAAAGUGGAGCAGCUCAUUAUAUCUUCCAUUAAGGAAAAGUACCCCACACACAGCUUCAUAGGUGAGGAGUCGGUAGCAGCAGGCGCCCCCAGCGUUCUCACUGACAAUCCCACGUGGAUCAUCGACCCCAUCGACGGUACCACCAACUUUGUUCACAGGUUCCCAUUUGUGUCUGUAUCAAUUGGCUUCACGGUGAAGAAAGAGAUAGAGUUUGGGAUUGUCUACAGUUGUAUUGAGGACAAGAUGUACACAGCACGGAAAGGGAAAGGAGCAUUUUGCAAUGGAGUCCCUAUCAAGGUGUCUGGACAGGAAGAUAUCAGCAAAUCUUUAGUGCUGACUGAAAUGGGCUUCAAACAGGAUCCCGAGAAGUUCAAAACAAUGUUGGCCAACAUCAAAACCAUCCUCUCCAUCCCCGUUCAUGGUAUCCGCUCCCCAGGCAGCGCAGCUGUCAACUUGUGUCUGGUAGCGUGUGGGUCGGCCGACGCCUACUAUCACAUGGGCAUCCACUGCUGGGACAUGGCUGGAGGGGCGGUGAUUGUCACUGAAGCUGGAGGAGUUAUCAUGGAUAUUUCAGGUGGACCAUUUGAUCUGAUGUCUCGGAGGCUGAUCGUGGCUAGCAGCAGAGGAAUAGCUGAACGCAUCGCCAAGGAGAUAACAGAGUUUAACGUUGGCAGGGACGACACAGAGGGCUAGUAACUUUCCACAGUCUCUUCUGCCUACUUAACAGUUAUCCACACACAUAUACACACAACUCUUUUGUAUUUGACAAGUCAGGAUUUUGUCUUUGCCUUAAGAACCAAAAUUAUAAACUUACCUCUGAAGGACAGCUGAUUGGGUUUAGCAAUCAGGGUUCAAAAUUAACCUUUUUUUUCAUCCACCGUCCAAAAAAAGGUUAGUGAAUGUUCUCAUUUUACCAUCCAAUAAAUUACCAUUGUGUUAUAGUUUUGUUUGCUUGUGAACGAAGCUAAUCUACCAGCCACUUGCCUAUUUUACUAGCAUUUGGCUAGCUGCUGGUGCUAAUUUUGAGCCCUUUUAGCAUUUGUAUCAGUUGUCUUAUACAUACCGUUAUUAUUGUUUUUUUCCCUUUUUCCGUCCUAGUCAUGAUUUUAAAAGGAUAUUUAUAUUAAUGUAUGUCAACAAUGCAGCCAGGAUACAAUCAAGGAACUUCACAGAUACAAUACCUCAAUGUUGCACUAUUAAAGUCAUUUUAGAAUCACAGUGUUCAGGUUUUCAGUAAUGUUGCUUUUUCCACAUAGGAUUUUGAUGUUUUAUUGUUUAGGUUAUUGUAUUCAGUUAAAUGUGUUGCUUUGGUAGAUUUGUUCAUGCAGUAAAAUCUUGAAUUUGAAAGCCAUUAUUAGCUUGCACUAUGACAAUAUAAGUAUAUGUUCUCCAAAGCACUGUAGUGUGUAACUCCACAGGUAUUUGACAUUGACAAUGCUCUUAAAAAUAUGUGCAUCUUGUGCAAA